UAUGUUGUCACGUGAACAGGAGUUUACAUCUUGGGAAAUACGGACAUUCAAAUAAACAAAAGAAAAAUCCCUUUACAGUUAGGAAUAGAAAAAAGAAACAAUAAAAUGCAUAGACCAGUUUGCUAUUGUAAUACACCUCUCAUUACAGCUGUUAAACUGUGUGCCAGAAGGUGUAACAAUAAUAAUCAUCAGCAGACUGGGAAAGUGUUUGAGAACAUUCGACUUUAUCGUUUGUUUGGUAGUCAGAGGAAACACUUGUGCAACCACUAUAUGACAUCAAAGCUCAUUCAUGGGUAUACAAAAGUUCCCGUAAUUAGUUUAGCUAUGACUCUAAUAACUGCGUCGGUGGCACAGCAGUUAGGACUCUCGCGGACCAUGCACAUGGUCCGGUGUUUGAUCCCCGGCCGAAGCGCACCUGAUAUUAAUGGUUGGCCUGCUAAAUUUGGGCUACCGGUAUCACAUGCUGAAAAUUCCACACUUGUACCAAAAUAAGACUGUGUGGAAUCAAGCUAUAAUAACAAUAAAUAAAUAAAAAUAUACUAAUUCACACAGAAAAUAUAGGCGGUGAAACGAUAUCUGCCGAAAGGCUCAGAGAAUCCGGGAAGUCCAU